UCAAAUCUCUAAACAUAAGCACUGUCCUUGUGAUAUUUUUAUAACAUAACGAUGAACGGAAUAGGCCUGUUAACAAGAGUAUGGAAACCCUUGAAAUCGUUUACCAGACAGCAUACGUAUCCGGCACCAUUUACACAUUUCCUACAAAAUCUCCCGGGCACCCUCUACUCGAAACUGGACAAUGGGCUCACGGUGGUCACCGAGGAGCGAGAGUGUUAUAACAGCUGCAUCGGCCUCUUCAUGGACGCGGGCUCCAGGUACGAGAGCGGCUUCGAGAAUGGAAUAGCACAUUUCUUCGAACAUAUCGCUUUUAAAGGCACGACUUCCCGAACCAGACAAGACCUUGAGGCACAGAUGGAGUGCCUCGGCGCUCGCUUCAAGUGCUUCACGUCGCGUGAGCUGGUCGUCUACUACGUGCAGUGUCUCUCCCAGGACACUGCCCUCGCCACUGAGAUACUCGCCGACUGCAUUUAUAAUAAUUCUUUCAACCCAAACGAAAUCGAGUAUCAAAAGAGAACUGUUUAUGCUGAGAUGCUAUCCCACGAUAAGAAUCCCAAACAGCUAUUGUAUGAUUACCUUCACAGCUCAGCAUUCCAGGGCACACCGCUGGCUCAAACUGUGAUGGGACCUAGCUCAAACUUAUACAACUUUACAGACGUUACCAUCUGUCGGUACCUGUCCAAGUGCUUCGAUCCGUGCAGGACGGUAUUGGCCGCGGUGGGCGGGAUCAAGCACGACCAUAUAGUCUCACUGGCUAACUCGUUCAUGGGCAAGCUGGAGCCGCUCAAGUGCAUCGAUAUGGACGCUUACAGGUACACGGGGUCCGACGUGCGUUACCGAGACGACUCCAUGCCAACCGCGCACGUCCUGAUAGCUGUCGAGGCUCCGUGUCUAUGCGACGACGACAAAAUAGUAAUGGAUAUAGCUCGGUACAUCAUAGGAGGGUGGGACAGGUCGCAGCCGGGUGGGCGGUCGCACCCGGUGCGGGUAGCCCGCGAGGCCUCCUGCCACGAGAUGUGCGACGCUUACAAAGCAUUCAACAUCACGUAUAAAGACUGCGGCCUUUUCGGCGUGCACUUUGUCAGCAAGAUAAUGUCGCAAGAAUACAUGAUGGCGUUGAUACAGGACGAGUUCAUGUACCUGAGUGUGUGCGUCACUGAGUCGGAGGUGGAGAGGGCGAAGUGUUUCCUGAAGGCUAAGAUAUUGUCGAGGACGGAGAGUUCCCUGGGCACGUGUAUGGAGAUCGGGCGGUGGACGCUGUACUACGGGUGCCGGCCGUCGCUGCUGCAGCAGAUGAACGCGAUCGACCGCGUGACGGUGUCGCAGGUGCGCGCGACGUGCAACAAGUACUUCUAUAACCGCUGCCCCGUGGUGGUGGCCAUCGGGCCCACCGAGGCACUCAGCGAGUACAACAGGAUCCGCAGCUGCAUGUGGUGGCUAAGAAUUUAG